UCUUGUAAAGUUAUUCAGCGUCACACGAUGUCCCAUAUACUGAAGAUCGCAGGUAGGAGGACAGCUGUCCGCCAUCAACUGAGGCUCCCAGGUUUUUGGAGGUUUUGUGGACGUCAGGGUGUCCGGGGGGCCGCUACCACAGCCACUGCUGCUGAGCAGGUCGCCCCGGAGGAGACCGUCCGGCCGUUUCAGGAGAUUCCCGGUCCGAAGGGGCUCCCUUUCAUCGGCACAGCGCUGGACUACAGUCCGUUUGGGCGUUUCCCAAUUCACACACAAUUGGGCAAUUCCGCAAUCGAAAGGUACAAAACGCACGGCAAGAUCUACCGGGAAAAGUUGGGUCCGGGACGGGAGAUGGUGUUCGUGUGUGACCCGAAGGACAUCGGGACGGUGUUCCGGAGUGACGGGCGGCUACCGGAGCGACCCCCCGUCAACUCAAUCGCCACAUACCGCAAAAUGAGAAAGAAGCCCCCGGGCCUUGGAAAUCUAAUGGGUGAAGACUGGCACCGCGUCCGAAGCUCCGUCAACAAGGAAAUGAUGCGCCCCAAGUCCGUCGGUGCGUACGCUACCAUGCAGGACGAUGUGUCCAGAGAGAUGGCCGAGCUGAUACAGACUGUGGUGCGGAAGGGCGACAGCGGUGGCCAAGUUGAUAACUUCAUGAACUUAAUGCAUAAAUGGGGACUUGAAUCUUUGAGUCUGGUCAUUCUGGGUAAGCGCAUGGGUUGUCUGACCCUGGAUCAACUGGCUGAAGACUCUGACGCCCAGCGGAUGAUCUCAGCGGUACUCGAGUUCUUUUUGUAUUUCGGGAAGCUGGAAAUGUCGCUUCCCUUCUACAGGUAUUUCAGCACACCGGCAUGGAAGAAGUUCGAGACAGCCAUGGACACAAUGAACAGUAUUGCAGAAAAGAUGAUCGGAGAAAAGCUGACGGAACUCAGCAAACUGGAAGAGCCACCACAGGAGACAGAUUUUCUUUCCAGCCUCCUGUCCCAGAAAGACAUGACGUUGGACGAGGCGGUGAUGAUGGCAAUUGAGCUGUUGACAGGUGCUUUCGAGUCGACGGCUAACACCUUGGCCUUUAAUCUGUACUGCUUGGCAAAAAAUCCCGCUGCACAACAAAAACUGUACGAGGAGAUCAUGAACGUAGUUCCGCCAGGACAGCCCAUAGACGACAGGGUGUUGAACAAGAUGUCUUACCUUCGUGCUGUGUUCAAGGAGACAUCAAGGCUUUACCCGACUAUCUUCUUCAAUGCAAGGACCCUGACCCGUGACGUUGUGCUGUCAGGCUAUCAUGUACCUGCAAAGACGCAGAUUAUUAUGGCAAAUAACGUCAUCAGCACACUGCCGGAGUACUAUCCGGAUCCAGAGGCAUACAUUCCGGAGAGGUGGCUCCGUACUGAGUCUUCAGCGGCAAACGUUCAGGCAUUCGCCUUACUGCCUUUCGGUUAUGGAGCAAGGAUGUGCGUGGGUCGGCGCUUUGCAGAACAAGAAAUAUUCCUUGGUCUGAUCAGGAUCAUCCAAAAGUUUCAUGUCGGCUGGGACGGAGAAGAUAUGAAGCAGAUUUAUAAGAUCUUCAACACACCAGACAGAGAUACGUUCAUCUUCCGAGAGAGGGAGUAGACUGCGUAAAAUAACUUAAUGAACAGAUAGAGUAAGGACCAAACAUAAAUAUUGUAUACUGUAAACUUAUAUUCUAAGAUCUAAGUAACACUCAUUUCAACUAAUUGUAAAUAAUGGUGAUCAAUUAGUACAUUUUAUGAAUUACUUGCUCUGUAAAUGCUGGCAUAUGUACAUUGUUGAUCAGUCGGAUUAACUCAAUUUAUUAUGCUUUGAUCUUGUUCUUUGCUUAAUUAUGCGACAAUAAAUUUGUUACUCGUUUCAUGGUAUAUUUCUCUGUUCCUCUGUUCUGUCAUUGUAUUUCUGUUGAUUUUUGUGUCAAUGUAUUAGAAGACAAUAAAGAUCAUUUUAAAUU